CCGUCCUUGCACGAGUACUUACUUUGAAGAGACCACCAAGAAUUGGGUAUACAUGUAUACAGAGCCAAAAGAUCAAAGCAUUGUAGAUUACAAUUGCUGGCCAAGACUUAGCAAUCAAGGAAAAAAAUUAAAAGGGGACCCGAUCUCUCUUGGAGUUUCUUUCUUUUCGAGAGGGAGUUUUAAAUUCAUAAAUCAGAGAGAGAGAGGUCCAGAAAGCAAAAGAAGUAUGCACAAACUAGCACUUUUGGCCCUGUGUAAUUUGUUAGUGUGUUCGAUAAAUUUCAGAACAACAGAGGCUCGAAUUCGACAUUACAAAUGGGAGGUGAAGUAUGAGUACAAGUCCCCUGAUUGCUAUAAGAAACUGGUUAUUGCCAUCAAUGGUAGAAGUCCAGGUCCAACAAUCUUGGCACAGCAAAACGACACCAUCAUUGUUGAGCUCAAGAACAGUUUGCUUACAGAGAAUGUUGCAAUCCAUUGGCAUGGAAUUAGACAGAUUGGAACACCUUGGUUUGAUGGAACGGAGGGGGUGACUCAGUGCCCAAUUCUGCCUGGAGAAACCUUCAAAUACCAGUUUGUUGUAGAUAGACCUGGGACAUAUUUGUACCAUGCACACUAUGGUAUGCAGAGAGAAGCAGGACUGUAUGGAUCGAUCUGUGUAUCGGUUGCUGAUGGAGUUUCGGAACCAUUUGAGUACGAUUACGAUCGAAGCAUAAUCCUCAACGAUUGGUACCAUAAGAGCACUUAUGAACAAGCUACUGGAUUGUCCUCCAUUCCUUUUGUUUGGGUUCAAGAGCCUCAGUCACUUCUGAUUCAAGGACGAGGAAAGUUCGAUUGUUCUUCUGCAAUGGAACCCAAUGUUUGUAAUGCCACAAAUCCUGAAUGCUCUCCCUACAUCAUGACGGUAAUUCCUGGCAAAACAUAUAGAUUGAGGAUUGGUAGCUUGACUGCUCUAUCGGCUCUCAGUUUCCAAAUAGAGAGUCAUAACAUGACAGUUGUUGAGGCAGAUGGACACUAUGUGGAGCCAUUUGUGGUGCAGAACCUGUUCAUAUACUCAGGAGAGACAUACUCAGUCCUAGUAAAAACAGACCAAGACCCAUCAAGGAAUUACUGGGCAACAACAAACGUUGUUGGUAGAAAUGCCACAACCCCACCUGGUUUGGCCAUUCUCAAUUACUACCCAAACCAUCCAAAACGAUCCCCUCCAACAACUCCACCAUCAGGACCUUUUUGGGGAGACCUUAAUCCACGUUUUGCACAAAGUCUAGCCAUCAAAUCACACAAAAAUUUCAUUCACGCCUUUCCACAAACACCUGAUAGAGUGAUUGUGCUUCUCAACACCCAGAACAAAAUCGAUGGCCGGACACGCUGGUCGGUCAAUAAUGUCUCAUAUAAUUUCCCUCACACACCUUAUUUGAUUGCUUUGAAGCAGAACAAAACCCAUCUUUUCAAUCAAACCCCACCUCCAGAUGGAUACGACUUUGUCAACUACGACAUCUACGAAAGACCCAACAACUCCAAUGCCACUUCAAGCGAUUCCAUUUACAGGCUCAAGUUCAAUUCAACAGUGGAUAUUAUACUGCAGAAUGCGAAUACUAUGGUUGAGAACAACAGUGAGACACAUCCAUGGCAUCUUCACGGGCACGAUUUUUGGGUCCUGGGUUAUGGGGAAGGAAAAUUUGACAUCAACAAUGAUCCCAAGAAGUACAAUUUGGUGAAUCCGAUAAAGAAGAACACAGUGCCUUUGCAUCCUUAUGGUUGGACUGCAUUGAGGAUUAUUGCCGACAAUCCAGGGGCUUGGGCAUUCCACUGCCACAUUGAGUCGCAUUUCUACAUGGGAAUGGGAGUUGUGUUCGAAGAGGGGAUUGAGAGGUUGGGAAAGUUACCUUCUUCAAUCAUGGGUUGUGGUGAAACCAAAGGAUUACACAAUCCAUAGCCAAUUUUCUUGAUUUCGAAGUAGCAGAAGCAAGGUCCCAAGUAUGUUUAUUGAAAGUCAAUUUGUUCAAUGUUUGACCAGGACUUUCUGAUGUAAUAUUUCUGUACAAUUGUCUGAAAUUCUUUUGUUGUAUUAAUGAUUCAUGCAUAUUUAUACAUGAAUCAUUGACAUCUUCGUUGAAUGAAAUCAUCUUA